AAACUGAUUCUGGGCACAAUUAUUAGCGUAGUUUUACUUAUGUAAACAAACAGAAAGGAGAUGACAUUUUAUAAUUGUGCCUGUUAUUAUACUAAUAACAUUUUCCUUGAAGAAUAUAAAAUACACGUUAAAUUUAUUGACGAGGAGCAGUUCAGACAAGAAUAUGAACAGAUAUUAAGAGAGAAAGGGUGUGAUACAAAUGAACAACUAGAUCAUGUAUUGCAAACGAUAUUAUUGGAAGUUAAUCGAAGAAAAAAUGCGAAUAAAGAUCUUAUAAGAAGGAAACAGAUUAUUAAAGAUUUAUAUAAACCAUAUCAUCCAGCAAUAUAUACACUCAAACAACAAUAUCUACACCCAAAAUUUCUAGAAAUUUGGCAUCUGUGUAACAAUCCACACGUGAAAUUGAAAGAUAUUUUGAACCACUUAUCAUGCGAAGCCGCUAAUCAAGUGUACAGUUUUCCUGUUUUUACGAAAGAGUUCUGUGAAUUGUUUAUCCAAGAAAUAGAAAAUUUUGAGAAGAGCGAAUGCCCCAAAGGAAGACCGAAUACAAUGAAUAACUAUGGGAUUUUGCUAAAUGAACUUGGAUUUGAUGAAGAUUUUAUAACACCAUUGAGGGAAAUCUAUCUUCGACCUAUUACAUCAAUUCUGUAUCCAGAUUGGGGUGGAGAUUGUCUUGAUUCACACAAAGCUUUUGUUGUAACAUAUAAACUGGGACAUGAUAUAAAUUUGAGUUAUCAUUAUGAUAAUAGUGAGGUGACGCUAAAUAUUGCGCUCGGUAAACAGUUUACUGGAAGUGGACUUUAUUUCGGUGACAUGAAAUCGAAUAGCGGUAAAGUAUCAACGUCGGGAUUUACCAAGUAUGAUCAUCAACUAGGUGUGGGGUUAUUACAUAGAGGACAACAUAUGCACGGUGCUUCCCCACUUACCUCUGGCGAGAGAUAUAAUAUAAUAAUAUGGAUGAGGUCAUCAGAAAUAAGAAAUAAACUUUGUCCCAUGUGUAACAAAAGACCUACUCUUGUCCCAUGUUCGGGUUUCGGCGAUGGUUUUACAACUGGUAAAAUGGUGGAGUUAUGUGCUACUUUAUAGUCUAUCAAUUAAAUAUUUUUAUCUCAAACCAUAUACAUGUAGUUGACUUUUUUAUUUUUGGUAUGGGCAGGGUUGUAUGUCCUUUUUGUAGGGUAGUUUUCAUAACUGGAUACUUUUUAGAUUUAUUAAACGUAGCGGUCCAAGAUUAUGAGAUUGUGGACAAGGAAUAGACAACUCUCAAAUUCCUCUAAUAAUUGAUACAUAAUAAACUUGUAACGCUACCCACAUGUUCCAGUAUCUAUCAUUGUUUUCUACCUCAAACCAUCUCAGGAU